CAUUUAAAAAACGUAGAAGAAGAACACGGACUCAUUACUGUUGUUGACUACAAACCACUUACAAUUAUUAUUUAAAAUAAUAGCGAUAAAAUAUAGAUUUUUAUGGAAAAAGGUUGCACUUUUUAUUACAGAAAAGGGUUUGCCAACAUGUAUAUGAUUGUGAGCACGAGCUAACGGUAAGGACGGAUAGUUAGCUUGCUAGCUGUCAGACAUGAGUGAAGAGGACGCGCCGUCGUCCGCAGCAAACAAGGACAAAGACUCCACUCUUCUGCUCACUAAGGACGGACAGAGGUACUACGUGAAUAAAAGCGGAGUGGUCGACAGCAGAAAUGUGGUGACGCCGCACGAAGCGGAGAACGUCUCCAGCAUGAUGGACGAUCAGGACGAGGAGAGUGACGUCAUGGACCACUCCGAUCCCCGAGACAGCGCGGCCAGCCCGGAGGAGCUGAACGACGAGGAGGCCUCGGAGGGCGACAACGCCCCCAAACACUGCACCUACGAGGGAUGCAAGGAGACCACAACGCAGGUGGCCAAGCAGAGGAAGCCGUGGAUGUGCAAGAAACACCGCAACAAGAUGUAUAAAGACAAAUACAAGAAGAAGAAGAGUGACCAGGCCAUGUCCAGCGGGAAACUAGAUGAAAACUCUGAGGAGCGGCCAGUUUCUGUGAACAAACAGCGCCUGGGAUCCGUGGGGGACCGUCCUGCCAGACCUUCCCUUAUUGAGCAGGUCCUCAACCAGAAAAGACUGUCGCUGCUCAGGAGUCCGGAGGUAAUUGGGUUUCUGCAGCAGCAGCAGCAGCUCCUGGCGUCACAAAGCCGCAGCCAUUCGCAGCAGCAGUUCCAGGGCUGUUAACGCUCAGUGUCAGUAAAAUAUGUUUUGCAUUGGAAAAACUUUGAGGGGAAAAAAAGGCAAUCCAUAAAUGUAUAGAACCUGUGUGCACCGCUCAUAAACUGUUAGGGAAAUUCAUAUUUCUGAGUAUGACUCAACCGUUCACUUCAGUUUACCUGGAUUGACAUUUGCCUAAAGUUGAGAUAUUGC